CCAUCCGUCUUAUUAUGUUGUCAUUGCGCGGCACAUUCAGGGGAUCAGAAGACACAGCGCGGCAGUCGGGACGUCAGAGGGGUCGGCAGCGGGACCCUCGCUUUAGCGUGAUGUCUGAGUCACUUGGUGCUCCUCGUCAUGAAGCCUGCAAUUCAGGGCCCUCAAAUCCAACCACAAGAGUUCAGCGUCAAAAACUUUCUAAUGUUAAAGGUGUUCCACUCCACUCAUCCAUGUGUGCAAUCUUUGACAAGGUAGAAAAGUUCCAGGCCAAAGCAGAUGACGUUUUAAUAGCCACCUACCCCAAGGCAGGUACCACCUGGAUGAUUGAAAUCGUGGACAGCAUGCGGCAAGGUGGCAUCACAAAAGACAUCAAAACCAUCCCCAGCCACGAGCGCGCCCCAUUUCUAGAGUUUAACGGCUUGAACAUGAUUCCGUCAGGUCUGGACCUUCUGGAGGCCAUGCCUUCUCCUCGACUUGUGAAAACUCAUCUUCCGUUCCAACUGGUGCCGCAGUCCUUCUGGGACAAAGGGUGCAAGGUGAUUUAUGUUGCCAGGAAUGCCAAGGAUGUCCUCGUUUCAUUCUACUUCUUCUACAAAAUGAACGCUCGCCUGCCAGAUACGGGGACCUGGAAUGACUUCAUUGAGAGCUUUCUGUCAGGAAAUGUGGCAUUUGGCUCCUGGUUCGAUCACGUGACAGGCUGGUGGGACAUCAGAGAAAAGCACCCGAUCCUCUAUGUCUUUUAUGAGGACAUCUUGCAGGACCCAACAAGAGAAGUGGAGAGGUUGGCGCGUUUUCUGGGUCACACACUAGACAUAGACACGAUUCAGGAAAUUGUGAAGUACACCUCUUUCGACAUGAUGAAGGACAACCCCAUGACUAACGCCAGCAUAAUGCCCACCAGCAUUCUAGACGUGAGCAUCUCACCCUUCAUGAGGAAAGGCCAAGUGGGAGACUGGAAGAACCACUUCACUGUGGCUCAGAAUGAAAGGUUCGAGGAGGAGUACAGGCGGCGAAUGGCCAAAACAUCACUGCGUUUCAGAACGGAGCUCUGAGCUUGGGACGAAACUGACGGAGCGGAUACAUCGGUCUUACGGCGCUUUGGAGCCCUCUGCUGGACAUGUCGUGCAUUGUUUCUAAGUUUAGGAUCUUGGAUUUGCAU